CAGACCUUGUUCUUAAAUCGACGUAUACGCCGCGGCGUAGUCAUCUAUGUGGAUCCCGAAAACGGCUUUGUGGUUAAUUUUGGUUGCCUUCACUGCCGCUCAGAAAGUGUUCCCUUUGGCACAUGUGUCGAUUCAGUAUUCAGAAAGGGUCGCUUCCGGGCAAAUGUCGGCGAGACAGUGCAGGCGCUGUGGCAGGACAGCCCGCCUCGGCCAUGGUGUUAGUAUCCUCCUAAAGUUCUUGCGAUGGGCUCUGACGUAUGUGGGGCGAAGAUCAAGGCCGGCAAAAAAUGGACUUUGGAUGUCAGAAAGUGGGAGCAGGUGUUACCGGCGGCUGCCUGGACGACAUUGCAGUGGCGGCAUCAGUUCCGAAAGCACACUGUAGAGCUUCCAACGAACAAGGACUUGCUGGUUGUGGUAACGAGAAAGAAUUUUCGCUCGUUAUGGUAUCGAGCAACAAAGACCAUCAGUGUGGGAAAAAACGAAGGACACUGGACUUACAUCUCGUCCUCUGCAAAAAUGUUGACGAAACUGGAAUUGCAUGGGAAAAUCUACUGUCCGAAAUGAUGACGACGAGCUUAUUCCCAGGAACGUGCCAACUCGGCCGUAUAAUUUGGGUUACGUCGAUUUUUUGGAAUAUUCUGUUGACUUUCUGCCGCUGGACCUAAAAUAUCGGAAGUUGUGUCAUUUCUCCAUGCGCUAAACCAUAGACCAGCUGAAGGUAUCGCGUGUGAGUCGCUUUUGGAACUGCACCGUCGAACCGAUUAAGCGCCGACCUGAGCAGGCAGUUGACCUUACGGCUGUGGAGACUACAACUGAAUCACCGGGAGUGAUCCCGAAGACACCACGAGCCAUCAGCCUCAUCUUGUCAUAUCGUCCAUUUUAAAAGCAGAAAAAUCCGAAUUCCGACGGUUAUGAUUGCACACCGUGCCGUGCUGUAUGGGCUGCUGACCUUUUUGAAUG